AGAGAUUGUAUCACAAUAGAAGCAUGCAGGAAAAAUAGGAUCAAAAGGUUUAUUGAGCCAAAUUUAAAAUAUUAUUAUAUUAAAUACUCGUGUGUAAAUGGUGGAAAAAAAUUUAAAUCAAUGAGUACAGGACUAAGGAAGUCAGGUACGUUCAAACAAGAAUGUCCAGCGUCAUUUAAAGUGAGUGUGACUGAAGAUGGGAAAAAACUGUUUAUUUCAUCGGUAGAUAUAAGGCAUAAUCAUCCAUUAACAAAAAAAAUACUUCCUCAAGUUAAACGAGUGACCCGGACGACAAAAAAAACUUAAAGUUUUAAUUUAAUUAAAAGCCAUAAAAUAAAAAAUUAAACACCUAAAUGCAAAUGAGAUUUUUUUUUCCCGUGUGUGAUCUGCGAUCAGUCGACAGACUAUAAGCAGAUUUGUUAUGGUCGGUUAUGACUUUUGCAGAACUUAGGACCAGUGUCCUUAGAUCUGCACAUUAUCGAGCACAUUUGCCCGCUUCAGAUGCUUUAUCCGAUCCACUGUUAGCAGGCUAUGUGCCAGUUCAUUAAGGUGCCUCAACAAGCGAUCUCGAUAUUUUGUAUUAUACUUAUUGACUUCCUCAAUCACUGUUGGUAUUUCCAGAUUUCUGUGUUGCGAGUAAGCAAAUGAGAUGAAUAAAAAAAUUGUACACCAUCGACAGUAUAAGAUUCAAUAAUAUUACACCAUUGACGUAUAUUACACGGACUUUUCCAAAUACUUGUGCUUUAAUUCAUUGCUACCUGACUUUCAUGGUUCUAUGUCGACGAGAAAUCUACCAGAAUGGAUACCAAUCUACUUUGUAAAGAACAACACUAAGGAAUAUCGAUGUAAUAUAUGCGAAGAUGUCAUCAGAACAGAUAUUCACCCAGCAGAAUCUUUACAACACAUUAAAAAGAAACAUAAAGAAAUCUACGAACUCCACAAGAAUUGGAAAAAGGUGGAACAUGAUGAAUCUGUCGGAUUUCAAAUUGAAUUCCUCCAAUUAAAUGAAAAAGAUAAUUUAAAGCCACAACCUGUUAUGGUAGAACAGAUUUGUGAAGUUACCGGUGAAAUGGUCAAGGUGGAACAGAAGCCUGAAGAAGAUGACCACUUUCUACUGGUGCCUUCUAAGAAAAAGAACAAGAUCAGCUGCGAAUUUGGUAGGAAACGCAGCUGGGUGUGGAAAUACUUUGAUAAACUAACCAACAUCAUAUACCGAUGCAACCUCUGCAAUGCCGUCUUAUCUAUAAAGGGAUGCAAUACUAACAAUAUGAAUCGUCAUGUACGUACAAGGCACCCUGUUAUAUAUAAAACGGAGGUGGAAAAUAAACAUGAUGACACUACAACAAAAAGUGAUAUUGAUUUUGUAGAUUUUGUGGAUUUGGGCCAGAAAAAGGAUGACAGUUUUUGCAAAACUAAGGAUGAUACUCUACCAGAUAUGAUGAGGCAACGUCGCAGCUGGAUAUGGUCGUACUUCAACCGGAUAUCCGGCACACUGGCGCAGUGCAAGCUCUGCAACCGCAACAUCUGCCACGGAGGGAACGCCACCGGCAACAUGAACCGACACCUCAAGAUGGUGCACAACAAAACUGCAGUUCCAGAUAACCACAACUGGAUAUGGAAAGUGUUUGAAAACGAAGCAGAAGAACUAGCCUGUAAGAUUUGCCAUUUCAAAUGCAUCAAGUUCGACAACGUUGAUAACAGUAUCAAAUGCAUCCUCCACCAUCUCAAGACGGAACAUGGAGUUGUUUCUAGCGAUCAGAUCAUCACUGAGACCGAGUAUGAGGUCGAGAAUGUUACAUAAAGGUUUUAUGUUGAGUAAAUGUAGUACCUAUUUUAUAUUUUUAAGUUUGUAAAGUAAUUAUAUGCCUAUAUAUAUACUUAUUUAGAAGUUAUUGGUUUGGUUGAGUAUUAAAGUUCGCUUUAAGAAAAUAUUGUCAUGAAAGUCGAGAAAUGUGCUGUAGUCUAUUUUAAGUAUACGCAUGCCUGUAACUUCCUCAAAAUUAUACUAACUCCUUGCAUAUUAUACCAGCUAAUAUCAUAUUCAUGUCCUCAAACUUAGGUGCACCUAGGAUGGACCAAAUACCGAAGCCGAAGGUUGGCUUUUACCUUGCUUGGCCCUUAGCUUAUCGUAAUGGCCCGGCUGGGCCAGUGGCACACACACACAUACAAACUUUCGCCUUUAUAAUAUUAGUGUGAUGACGCUUAGACAUGGAUUAGAAAGGCAAAUAAUAUCACGAUAAUAUUACGUAAGUAUAGACGAAUAAUUGUAAACGCUAUUAAUUUUACGUCCGUAUCAGAAUAUUGCGUCAAUAUUUAUUGACUGUCUGUUAUUUCUAAUCCCAUGCAGGAUUUUCACUGAACUUGAGUAUUUUAAUAAAAUGAUGAUAGGAUGUACUGUCAUAUUUUUACGAUGUUUACCGUAUAUAUCUAUAUAAUUUUAAAAUAUCGCGUACAACCAAAUCAGCACCAAUAUUUUCUUAAGGCGAAUAAUUACUAUUAAGUUUAUAACUAUGUGGUUAUUAAUCAAUUUAUUUUACUUAUAUAUAUAUAUUUUUUUUUCUCUCUCGUCUGGCUUUUACAAUGAUUAGCCAAUGUCAAGUUUGUAGUUAUUUGUAACAAGUUAGCUAAACUAU